CAGUGCGUGGUGAGAGGGCGACAGUGAUAAAAUAUGGAGGCCGCGAGGUUGUUUGUUUGUCUGUUCGCUGUGUGGACUGUUAGAGCAACGCUAGCUCAAGUGGGCACAUUAUGUCGCAGUAACGAGAGAUUGCUAACAUGCGGGGGCUGCCAGAAGACCUGCGUGGAUCCUGUGCCUCGCUGCGAGGGUAUAUGUCGAAUUGGCUGCUACUGCGAGGAGGGAGAAGUCAGGAAUGUAACUGGUCAUUGUAUUAAAUUGGCAGAUUGUCCAACCAUCGUAUACAAAACAAAUCCAGAUGGCGUUGAAUGUCCAUUGAAUGAAGAGUACAGGUUAUGCGAAUCUUGUAACAAAACAUGUGACAAUCCAAACCCAAUUUGUCCAGCUCAGUGCUCCAAGGGCUGUUUUUGUAAAGAGGGUCUAGUGAGAGACAAGGACGGAAAAUGUGUGAAGUAUGACCAAUGUUCCAAGUUCGCGCAGUUUGAGUCAAAUAAUAUAACGGUAAUAGACAAGCGUAACUGCCCUCCACACCAAGUGUUCAAACUUUGUGAGAACUGCGAAAAAACUUGCAGUAACCCGAACCCCAAAUGUCCGGCGCAAUGCACCAAGGGUUGCUUCUGUGAUGAUGGAUUCUACAAAGCGCCCAAUGGAAACUGUGUCAAACUUCAGGAUUGUCCUAAAGCAACUCCUACACCGUUACCGUACCAGCUAACUUGCGGACUUAAUCAGGUCUUUAAAAUCUGCGAAAAUUGUGAGAAGACUUGCAGCAACCCAAACCCCAUAUGCCCAGCGCAAUGUACGAAGGGUUGCUUUUGUGAUGAUGGUUUCUAUAAAGCGCCUAAUGGAAGUUGUGUCAAACUAGAAAAUUGCCCUCAAGCUGAAAUGACGUUAGGGGACACUCAUGUCACCAAUAUCGAUGACUGCCAAUUAGACGAGGAGUACUUCUCUUGCGGCUGGUGUGAGCCAACCUGCUCGGACCCUCAACCACGGUGCCCGCUGAAAAUCUGCACCAGUGGAUGCCUCUGCAAGCCCCCACUGCUCAGACACCGCAGUGGGCAUUGCGUUGAAGCGAAAAACUGUUUGCCACAACGUUGUCCGAAAGCUAACGAAGAGUUCGUUUGUCGGUACGGCUGUGAGCCGAGUUGCCAAGCGGUGCACCCUCUGCGGUGCUCGCUGGGCUGCCAUUGCAAGUUAGGUCUGCUGAGAGACUCAAAUGGACUCUGUGUUACACCCGACAUGUGUAGCCCUAUUUCAAUAAUACAACAACCACACCACAGUUGAAACUGGAACGACUCUUAUAAAUUUACU